UUUAGUUCCUCCCAGUUUUGCAAAAACAUAAAAUGCACAAAGAAAUUUUUUUUCUUAAAUAAAACUCUAAUUUUUUUAUUUGUUUGAACUUUAAAAUAAAAGGACAAUGUUUUAAAAUGUCAAAAUUAAUAAUGAAACGAAAUUAAACAUUUUUUUUUCGUUUUUUAUAAUAAGAAAAAUGAGAGAGAAAUAAUAUAACCUAAAAAAGAAAAUGGAUUAUUUAGGAGAAAUAGUUGUUCUUGGAAUUGAUAGUUUAAUUUUUGGUUUAUGUUUAAAGCAAUAUUAUCAUUGUAAAAAUGCAAUUAAUGCUGUCAAGAAUACAGAAUUUCACGAGGUUGGACCGAGUUUAUAUAAAACAAUAAAUAAAGCUGAUGGAAAAAUUAAAUAUAUUGCGAUAAAAGGAACUGUUUUGCCAUUAGGAAAAUCGUUGCAUAGUGUAAAUAAUAAAGAUGUUACCGGUGUUAUACAAAAAUUAACACUUAAAGAGCAUAUUGUGGCUAGAACAAGUGCUGGCUUUUGGUCUGAUCAAGAACGGACAGUACAAGAAAUUUAUAAUAAAAUACCAUUUGCCUUAUCUAAUGGAUCGUACAAAGUUGAAAUUGUUGAUGCAAUGGCUGCUGAAGUUUUAGAUAUGGAUACAAUAUCAGAUAUUUUUGAGCCUAAAGUUCCAACAUUUUCCGAUCAUUUAUGGGGCUUUUUCACAGGUGUUCGACAACGUGGAUUGCAAUCAACUGAAGAAAUGUUGAGAGAAGGAUCAGUGAUAACUGGCAUAGGAGAAUUAACAAGACCAGUAACAAAGCCAGAUACACUUUUAUUACAACCGCCAGUUGAUGGUACUCCAUUUUAUUUGACAACAAUGUCAGUGAGUUCACUUUUAAGAAGGCUGGACGAUCGAAAAAAGACUUAUAGAUGGUUGUGCAUGAUGUUUGGUACUAUUGGACUUAUAAUAGGAGGUUUAAUAGCACGUCGUUAUUGGAAGGAUAGAGAGGAGGAAAGAAUUGCAAAUGAACUUCGUGAAUCAUUGGCAGCGUCACGAAAAGAAAGACGGCAAAAAGUACGUAACAAUGAUCUCAGUGAGGAUCUUGCAUGCGUUGUAUGCCGAUCGAAUCCACGUGAAAUUAUUUUACUUGAUUGUGGUCACGUUUGUUUAUGUGAAGAUUGUUCCGAGGGAAUAAUAGGCGGAUGUCCUAUAUGUCGUGCGCCUAUUAAAUUUAAAUAUGCAGCAUAUAUUAGUUAAAUUGGGGUCUAAAAAAAAAAAUUUCAAAAGAAAAAAUCGCUCAAUCACCAAAAAGAAAAAUUUAUCCAAGUUGUUUUUUUAUAUAUAUAUAUAUAUAAUUUAAUGGAAGUGAAAAAUUGAUAUCUACGUUAAAAGGUAAAUUUUAUAUUUAUUUUACAAUUUAUUUUAUACAUUUAUUUCUUAUAAAGUGGAAUCAAAAAUUGA